AAAGUUGGUGAAGGAAAUACCCUCUCGGGUUCAGCAUUGGUGCAGAGAUGACUUGCUUUCUAGCUGCAAAUACAAGCCAUGUAGUCUCCGUGGGCUUAGGGCAGGAGCGUGCUUGCAGGGAGUGGUGGGGGGCUCUUUAAGGCAAAACACAUGUGUUUUCAAUUGCUCUCUGGAGCCAAACCAGUAGCUGCAACUUGGCCUGACAGAGCCUUAUUGAAGUAGAGACAGAGCGUGGUUUCAAAGCAGUUAGAAAGAGACCGGGAAUGCUGCUCAGGAAAUUCUUCAGGCAUGGGCAGGGACUUGGCUGCAAGUCGGCUGCUGGAAAAUCUGACAGGGGCAGCUCAUGAACGCAGCCUAGGCCCCGUGCUGCUCUGAAGGCAGCCCUGCACCCUCCCGGCCGCCUCCUGCGUGCCCCAGGAGCAGAGGGUUUUCACCCAGCCCUUGCAGAAGAGAUGCCUCAGGAACAGUACGCGCACCGGAGCGCCAUGCAGAGCUCGGAAGGACCGCAGGUUUACAAAGUGGGGAUUUAUGGCUGGAGGAAGAGAUGUCUCUAUUUCUUCGUGCUCCUCCUCAUGAUUUUAAUCCUGGUGAACCUGGCCAUGACCAUCUGGAUUCUCAAGGUUAUGAACUUCACCAUCGAUGGAAUGGGAAACCUGAGAAUCACAGAAAAAGGUCUAAAGCUAGAAGGAGAUUCAGAAUUCUUGAAGCCCCUCUACGCCAAAGAAAUCCGCUCCAGACCUGGCAACCCACUGUACUUCCAGUCCGCCAGAAACGUUACAGUGAAUAUUCUCAACGAGAAGACGAAAGUCCUCACUCGUCUUGUAACAGGUCCCCAAGCCGUGGAAGCACACAGCCAAAAAUUUGAGGUCAAAACCACAUCUGGAAAGUUGCUGUUUUCAGCAGACGACAACGAAGUGGUAGUCGGAGCAGAGAGGCUGCGAGUUUUAGGAGCAGAAGGCACAGUGUUCCCUAAAUCCAUAGAAACUCCCAAUGUCAGGGCAGACCCCUUCAAGGAACUAAGACUCGAGUCGCCUACACGCGCGCUGGUCAUGGAGGCUCCGAAAGGCAUUGAGAUCAACGCAGAGGCCGGCAGCUUGGAAGCCACGUGCAGGACGGAGCUCAGGCUGGAAUCCAAAGAUGGAGAGAUCACAUUGGACUCUGCAAAAAUCAAACUACCUAAAUUGCCUCAAGGGUUUUACUCCACGACAGGAUCCAGGCAAAAAAUCUACGAGCUGUGCGUGUGUCCCAAUGGGAGGUUAUUCCUGUCUCAGGCUGGGGCCAGCUCCACCUGCCAGAUAAAUACAAGCGUCUGCCUUUGAGAGACAAUGCGCGGUGGGCACUGCAGGCAGCGCAUGGGCCUACGGCUGGUCUCAGAGAUAGCAGCUGCCAACUAUUUUUACUAGAACACAGAAAGCCUAUCAAAGACUUUUUUUGUGUGUGCGUGCGCGUGUGUGAAUAUAUAUAUAUAUAUAAAUAUAUAUAUAAAAUUAUAUAUAUAUAUCCUCUGUGUAAAAUGAUGUUUCAGUACAAGGAAUCCCAGGGUGACCCUGUGACAUUUGUGUAGUGUUCCACUUUUCCCCCAUACCCAAAUUUAUCAAUGAAGACCACUGAACUGAAUUCAGUGCUCCCCAGACUUUUCCAUAUUAGUACACAUAGGGUGUGUCAACACGUACAAUUAAUGCUAUUUGGCUUUACCGGGCAGUAGACCAA